AUGCCUCGAAUGAUCCAAAGUCUAGCACUUUCCCUCUUGGUGCUGAGCAAUGCUGCGAGUGCUUUGCGCAGAUACAACUUUACCAUCACUAGCCAGUGGAGUGCGGCAGAUGGCCAUGGUCGACCUAUUUUUGCUAUCAAUGGACAGACACCAGGUCCCUUGAUAACAGCUGUCGAGGGAGAAGAGGUCGAAAUAUUUGUCAAUAACCAAUUGGCAACUGAGACUACCAUGCAUUGGCAUGGUAUCUAUCAAGUCGACAGACCCUGGAACGAUGGCGUCCCUGGCGUAACACAGUUCUCUAUCCAACCUCGUGACAACUACACGUACCAGUUCACCGUACAGCAACAGUACGGAAGUUACUUCUAUCACGGCCAUUUCGGUCCUGCCUUUGCCGACGGACAACGCGGUCCAAUAUGGAUAGAACCGGCUGCUUGGAGACCCAGGCCGUACAAGGCAAUGUCAUCGUCACCAGCAGAUGUGCAGGCGAUGCAGCGCGCCGAGACGAACCCUCGACAUAUUGUCAUAAGCGACUGGAACGCCGAGCCAAUGGAUAUACUACUCAUCAUGUACCGCGACACGGGUAUCGUUCCGUGGUGCAGUAACUCUAUUGUCUUGAACGGGAAAGGCCGAACGUAUUGUCACUCCAAAGAGUUGAUUGAACAAGUUGGUGGACCGGGACGAAACUCCCUCGGCUGCAAGACGCAAGCGAAGCAGGAACUUUACGCCAAUUCGCAAAUUUGUGAACCGACGGAUGGAGAGAUUGAAGUUGUCACGGCGGAGGAAGGAGAAGAAUGGGUAUGGAUCAACUUUAUCCACUCUGGUGCGCAUCAUGAGCUUCAGAUCAGUGUGGAUGAACAUGAAUUUUAUGUUGUUGCGGCUGAUGGCGAGUUUGUACACCCUCAAAAAGUACAUGCUGCCAAUUGCAACCUUGGUGAGCGCAUAAGUAUACUGGUGCAUCUGAAUCAGAAACCGGGAGACUACGCUAUUCGUCUCACAUCGCUUCGAACAGAACAAGUCAUCCAAGGUCUUGGGAUUCUUCGUUACCACAAUCACCAAAAGGUUUCGACGGUCCCCGAGUCAAAACCCUGGGUGCAUCUGAAUGGCAGUCUCAUAUCACCAAAGCUCAAAGCAAUGGACGAGAUGAAACUAGCCCCAUACCCCUCCAGACCGCCCCCAGCAGCUGCCGACCAGACAGUGAAGCUUUUCAUCAACAUGACGGGCCCAUCAUCUUGGUCCCUGGGUCUAGGUUCCCACCAAGCAUUCCGCCAACAGCUCCCACCUCUUCUAUGGGAAGACGACUCCAGAGGAAGCACUACGCUGGGUUCCCAAAACACCCUCUUAAACGGAUCCGUCGUAGACAUCAUCUUCGAGAACGGCGCCAACGUCACAACUCAACAUCCUUUCCACAAACACAAUCACAAAGCGUGGAUCAUCGGAACAGGACACGGUGGAUUUCCUUGGGCAAGUGUUCAAGACGCUAUCGAUGCAGGUGAAGGAGACAACUUUAAUUUGCAGAACCCCCCAAUACGCGAUGGAUGUCGAUUGGGGAAUGCUACUGGGGACUGGACUGCUAUUCGGUAUGAGAUUACGUUUCCUGCUGCGAGUAUGUUGCAUUGUCAUAUGAUUCAUCACUUUGGGGCUGGACAACAGAUUGUGCUUCUUGAAGGUGUGGAGGCAAUGGCUGAGAUACCUGAUCAUGUCAAAGAAAAGGUCCAUGCUGACUUUGUUCCGAAUCUUCGUUAUGGUCCUUUAGAUUGA